AUGGCAAAAUAUUGUAAUGAAAUUGGUAAAUUUUGGCAGCUGCAUGCUGAUGCUAUUCCAAUCAUUCUGAUCAAUAUAGCUGCUACAACUUGUGAACAAUCAUAUAUUUUUAGAGCCAAUCAAUUUAAAAAGCCGUUGAAUUUAUAUAACUGUGUUGUUGCAAAAAGUUCAUAUGGGAAAAGUCCAAUGUUAGGUUUGGUACAAUCGUCAAUUUUAGCUGUUCGAGAUUCUAGACCAAUGAAGUUUCGAGAAGUAGGAGAUAAAUUGAAUGGUUCGAACCAUAUUCGUGUUAUUUUUAACGAAGCAACGACGGCUGGUGUAUUAGAUUCAUUAAAAGGAUGUACAAGAAUGUUGAUGACAGAAGAAGGAGAUGUUAUUUUAAAACGAGCAAUGGAAGAACGUGAUGAUCAUUUGGCUAGUCGAUUCGGCAAAUCGGUUGAUGCAGUGCAUAGACUUGCUGGUCUAUGUCAAAUUAUUGAAUUCGCAUCGGAUAUGGUCAAAGCAUUUGUUCAAAGACAUGGCGGCUUUGAAGAUGAAUCAAUUUCAAAUGAAUUUUUAACUAAAUGUGAAUUGUUAUUUUUUGAGCUUCAUGGUUCAUCUAUUGAAAACAAUCGAAGCUUUUAUAUAUCAAGUGAUGUUGUUGAACGUGCAAUAGAUGUUAUUUCCGGCAACUUAGAGCAAUACAAGUUGUUGAUGUUUAUUCCUGAACAUGAAGGUAUUCAUUUUUUGUCAACUUUAAAUAAACCAGUUGACCCAUUGAUGACAAAUGACAUCGACAAAAAAGCUAAAAAGCGCCUGAAAUUUGGCAAAAAAUCAUUCGAAAUGGAACAAGCAAUAUUACUGUUUGAUUCAGUCUUAUUCACUUUACGGACUCUCUAUGAAUGUCGGCUAUUGAAAAAUGGCGCAGCUGUAUUACGAGAUAUGUGUGAGGAUCUCGUCAACAAGGAACUUUUGAUUAAAGAAGAUCGUGCAACAGAGCCUGGUACAAAACCAGUUACAAUUUAUAUUAAAGCAUUGCCAGACCAAACAUUGGAUAUCGAAUGUCAAAAAUUUAUCGACAAUUUGGCUUCUUUAGGUGUUGAAGAACGAAAUAUGGCACCGAUUAUUUUGAAUACAAAUGCUAAUGAUACAAAUGCUAAUGAUACAAGUGCUAAUGAUACAAAUGCUAAUGAUACAAAUGCUAAUGAUACAAGUGCUAAUGAUACAAAUGCUAAUGAUACAAGUGCUAAUGAUACAAGUAGUAAUGAUACAAGUGCUAAUGGGAAUUUCUCAUGUAAUCGUGAUCAUGAUAUGCCUUUGAACAAUUACACGUUGAAUAAUGAUGUAAAUGAAAAUUUCUUACAAAGUGAAGAUUCAACAGUGUCAGCGGUUGAGAAUAAUGAUAAUCAUGUUGAAGUUGAUGAACAAAUGUUAAUUACAUCAGAUUUCGGAGUUUUACCAGUGGCUUCGGCAGAAAAAACGGAAGAGAAAAUUCAAACUGAUGAGUGUGAUAAUCGUUAUGAAGUAGAACAAAAUCGAUCAUCGGACAUUGAACAUCCAGGUACAGGAAAAAGAUGGCCUCCAUUGAAGCUUAAACGCUUGAAAUCAUGGAACAACGACAAUGGAAAUUCGGGAAAUGCAGUAAAAAAACCGAAAAAGAAUGCUAAUAUAAAUAGUAUCGGUGAUGAUCACAAUGAAUCCAGCUACACGACUCCAAUUGCCGGGCGUCUAUGUCGAACACGAUUGCCAAGAGCAAUGUUCUAA